AUGGGAGAGCAGCGUUCUUACGGGGAUUACACCUACAUGGCCCACAUGAUGUUCAAGACUCUGGGAUAUGAUCUAUUUGACUCACCCAGACCCAGAUGGCAGAAUCUUUUGCUACGCAGCUAUUUCGUUCUGUGCGUGGUGAGCAACUUUUACGAGGCUUCAAUGGUGACUUAUAGAAUCCUUCAGUGGGAGUCCUUGGCCGGCAGUCCCUCAAAAACUAUGCGCCAAGGCUUGCACUUCUUUUACAUGUUCAGUGCCCAAGUUAAGUUUGUCACAUUUAUAAUAUAUCGACAACGCUUACGUUUGCUGAGUAACAACUUGAGGAAAAUAUAUCCACAUGAUGACCAAAAGCAAGAGAAGUACCAUGUUAAUAGAUUUUACCUAUCGCGAACAACUCGCUUUGUUUUGUGUUUAUAUUACUUUACAAUGGUUCUUAUGGCACUAGGACCUCUCAUUCAGUCCUGCAUUAUGUACCUAAUAGGCUUCGGCAAAGCCGAGAUUUCCUAUCAACGCAUUUUCCCCACGCGUCUUAGCUUCGAUUCAGAAACACCUUUGGGAUAUGUUGUGGCCUAUGUAAUAGACUUUACUUAUAGUCAACUCAUAGUGAAUGUGAGCUUGGGGACAGACCUGUGGAUGAUGUGUAUUUCGAGUCAGAUCUCGAUGCACUUUGCCUAUCUGGCCAAGGUAUUAUCCUCCUACUGUCCAAGGAGAGAAAAAGAAGGACAAGAUUGUUAUUUUCUGGCAGGGGUGGUAAAAAGACAUCAACUAAUUCUCAGCUACCACCAGGAUGUAAACAAUGUAUUUGGACUUCUUUUGGCAUCCAAUCUGUUUACCACCGCCAGCUUACUCUGCUGUAUGGCCUACUAUACCGUCGUGCAGGGUUUUAAUAUGGAAGGCAUUUCGUAUAUGAUGCUCUUUGUGAGUGUGGCAGCUCAAUUUUAUAUGGUCAGCUUACAUGGACAAAUGCUAAUCGACUUUAGUACCAAAAUAGCUGAAGCUGCAUACGAAAACAGGUGGUACGACGGUUCGUUGCGAUACAAAAAGAAAAUACUCAUUCUAAUGGGUCGCGCCCAACGUCCUGCAGAAAUAUCAGCCAGGGGAAUUAUUAUUAUAUCCCUUGAUACCUUUAAGAUAUUAAUGACCAUCACAUAUCGAUACUUCGCGGUUAUACGCCAAACUGUAGAAAAAUAA